AUGCAUGUUAAUAGGAAUCAGGUUGCUGAGUUAGAGACUCCUGGAAAAUUACUUGCUCAACAUAGUUUUAAAAGACCUCUGAGGCAUUUUGUUAAAUUAAUUCAAGGGGACAUAAUCUUCACAUAUUGUGCAUAUCAACCGGUAAUUCAAAUGGAAUGGGGGCCAUUGGAAAAGAAAGCUCUAUCAGGCUUCUGCAAUCCUCAAGGUUCCACUCCAACAAAUAAAGAUCCUGGACCAUCCAGAUUUGCAGUGGCAAGUAUAAUUGAGGAGGAAGUUCAUACUCGAGGCAUUGAUGUUGUUAUUGCUUUUGAUGACUAUGGUGUUUCAGGUCAUUGUAAUCAUUGCGAUGUGAACCGAGGGGUACACAUGUUCAGCAAAACAACAGCUUAUGAUAUUCAUUUGGAUUUUUUUUUAGUUUUAAGCAGGAAGCUCUUGCAUGAUACUUCACAAAGAAAUGUUGAAGCCUGGGAGCUUGUGAUCUCCAAAUAUGAAUUAGAUUGUGGCUUUCAUCUUGCUUAUUCUUCUUUUAUUUGGUACCUUUGGGUAAGAGAAAGGGAUAGAGGGCAAAAGGAGACAUGGGUUAGCACUAGCAUUUUACGCAAGUACAGUGGGCCAGCUGAUAUCUGGUUGUCCAUCUUAUAUGCCAUGCAUUGUCCGAAUGGGCAGAUUCAUUGCUUGCUAAACGAGCAUCCCCAUAAAAGCUAUGCUGCAAUGGCGCAACACAUGAGCCAAUGGCUUUGGUAUGUAUGCUUACUUGCCUACGCAUUCUCAUGUUAUUCCAAUCACAACAAAUAUGGAAAGGAAUGUUAA